CCACCAACCAUGUCUAAAGAUGAAGAAAAAGUUAAUUUGCGUCGCCUGGAGCCUGCCAUCCAGAAGUUUAUUAAAGUUGCCAUUCCCACAGAUCUGGAGCGAUUAAGAAAACAUCAGAUAAAUAUUGAGAAGUAUCAGAGGUGCAGACUGUGGGACAAACUGCACGAAGAACAUAUCAAUGCCGGGCGUACUGUUCAGCAGCUGCGAGCAAAUAUCCGAGAGAUGGAGAACCUUUGUUCCCGGGUCCGGAAGGAAGAUAUGCUGACUUUGCAGAGAAUGAUUGAUCCCGUGAAAGUGGAUGCUUCGUUGGCCGUACAAGAAUUUUUGCAGCUGCAUUCGGAGUCCGCCGAAGUGCUGAAAAGACAUUUCAGAGAGCAGGAGGCCGCCUCAUCGGCUGCUUUGACCCGCUCUACCACCAUCGGAGCAGAAACCUUCUCUAACGCUGAAGACGGAGAAAAUUCCCUUAGCCAGAUUUUUGCUCCGUUGCCAGAAAUCCCCCAGGAUCAAAAUGCUGCGGAAUCCUGGGAGGUGUUAGAAGAGGACCUGAUUGAACUUAGCACUCUGGUGACUGAGUUCUCCCUGCUUGUUAAUACCCAGCAGGAGAAGGUGGACCGGAUCGAAGAGAACGUCUGCAGUGCCGUCGCCAACGUGGAAGAGGGAACCAGGAACUUAUCCAAGGCUGCCACCUACAAGCUGGCUGCUCUCCCGGUGGCCGGCGCCCUCCUGGGGGGAAUCGUCGGGGGGCCGAUCGGGCUCCUGGCCGGCUUCAAAGUGGCCGGACUGGCGGCGGCGUUGGGCGGCGGCGUGCUGGGCUUCACGGGAGGGAAACUCAUCCAGAGGAAGAAGCAGAAGAUGAUCAAGGAUCUCUCCUCCGCCAGCUGCUCGGAUCUUCCGCGGCCCAGCGACCAAGGGGGCAGCUGA